AUGACAACAUUUGCAGCUCCUAGUACAACAACCACUGCAGAUCCUACUACGACAACAACUGCAGAUCCUACUACGACAACAACUGCAGAUCCUAGUACAACAACAACUGCAGCUCCUAGUACAACAACAACUGCAGCUCCUACUACGACAACAACUGCAGCUCCUAGUACAACAACAUCUGCAGUUCCUACUACGACAACAACUGCAGCUCCUAGUACAACAACCAGUGCAGCUCCUAGUACAUCAACAAAUGCAGCUCCUACUACGACAACAACUGCAGCUCCUACUACGACAACAUUUGCAGCUCCUAGUACAACAACCACUGCAGCUCCUACUACGACAACAAAUGCAGCUCCUACUACGACAACUGCAGCUCCUAGUACAACAACUGCAGAUCCUAUUACGACAACAACUGCAGCUCCUAGUACAACAACCACUGCAGCUCCUAGUACAACAACCACUGCAGCUCCUAGUACGACAACAACUGCAGCUCCUAGUACAACAACUGCAGAUCCUACUACGACAACAACUGCAGAUCCUAGUACAACAACAACUGUAGCUCCUAGUACAACAACCACUGCAGCUCCUAGUACGACAACAACUGCAGCUCCUAGUACAACAACUGCAGAUCCUACUACGACAACAACUGCAGAUCCUAGUACAACAACAACUGCAGCUCCUAGUACAACAACAACUGCAGCUCCUACUACGACAACAACUGCAGCUCCUAGUACAACAACAUAUGCAGCUCCUAGUACAACAACCUCCACAGCUCCUAGUACAACAACCACCACAGUUCCUAGUACAACAACCACUGCAGCUCCUAGUACAACAACAUCUGCAGUUCCUACUACGACAACAACUGCAGAUCCUAGUACGACAACAACUGCAGCUCCUAGUACAACAACCAAUGCAACUCCUAGUACAACAACCACUACUGCUCCUACUACGACAACCACUGCAGCUCCUACUACGACAACAACUGCAGCUCCAAGUACGACUGCAGCUCCGAGUACAACAACAACUGCAGCUCCUACUACGACAACAACUGCAGCUCCUAGUACAACAACAACUGCAGCUCCUAGUACAACAACCAGUGCAGCUCCUAGUACUUCAACAACUGCAGCUCCUACUACGACAACAACUGCAGCUCCUACUACGACAACAACUGCAGCUCCUACUACGACAACAUUUGCAGCUCCUAGUACAACAACCACUGCAGCUCCUACUACGACAACAAAUGCAGCUCCUACUACGACAACUGCAGCUCCUAGUACAACAACUGCAGAUCCUACUACGACAACAACUGCAGAUCCUAGUACAACAACAACUGUAGCUCCUAGUACAACAACAACUGAAGCUCCUAGUACAACAACCACUGCAACUCCUAGUACAACAACAACUGAAGCUCCUAGUACAACAACCAUUGCAACUCCUACUACGACAACCACUGCAGCUCCUACUACGACAACAACUGCAGCUCCUACUACGACAACAACUGCAGCUCCUAGUACAACAACUGCAGCUCCUAGUACAACAACAACUGCAGCUCCUACUACGACAACAACUGCAGAUUCUAGUACAACAACCACUGCAGCUCCUAGUACAACAACCACUGCAGCUCCUACUACGACAAGCACUGCAGCUCCUAGUACAACAACCACUGCAGCUCCUAGUACAACAACAUCUGCAGUUCCUACUACGACAACAACUGCAGAUCCUAGUACAACAACCAAUGCAGCUCCUAGUACAACAACCACUGCUGUUCCUACUACGACAACCACUGCAGCUCCUACUACGACAACAACUGCAGCUCCUAGUACAACAACAACUGCAGCUCCUAGUACAACAACUGCAGCUCCUACUACGACAACAAAUGCAGCUCCUAGUACAACAACAACUGCAGCUCCUAGUACAACAACCACUGCAGCUCCUAGUACAACAACCACUGCAGCUCCUACUACGACAAGCACUGCAGCUCCUACUACGACAACAACUGCAGCUCCUACUACAACAACAACUGCACCUCCUAGUACAACAACUGCAGCUCCUAGUACAACAACAACUGCAGCUCCUACUACGACAACAACUGCACCUCCUAGUACAACAACUGCACCUCCUAGUACCACAACUGCAGCUCCUAGUACAACAACUGCAGCUCUGAUCACGACAACCACACCUGCAGCUCCUACUACAGCAACGACUGCAGCUCCUACUACAACAACGACAGUUCCUUCUACAACAACCACAGUUCCUUCUACAACGACAACUGCAGCUCCUACUACAACAACCACAGUUCCUUCUACAACUACAACAACAGCUCCUGCUACAAUAACCACAACUGCAGCUCCUACUCCAACAACCACACUUCCUGCUAUAACAACCACAACCUCAUCUCCUACUAUAACAACUGCAUUUCCUAGUACAACAACAACUGCAGCUCCUAGUACGACAACAACUGCAGCUCCUAGUACAACAACAACUGCAGCUCCUAGUACGACAACCACUGCAGCUCCUACUACGACAACAACUGCAGCUCCUACUACGACAACAACUGCAGCACCUAGUACAACAACAACUGCAGCUCCUAGUACGAUAACCACUGCAGCUCCUACUACGACAACAACUGCAGCUCCUACUACGACAACAACUGCAGCUCCUACAACAACAACAACUGCAGCUCCUAGUACAACAACUUCAGCUCCUAGUACAACAACAACUGCAGCUCCUAGUACAACAACAACUGCAGCUCCUACUACGACAACAACUGCAGCUCCUAGUACAACAACUGCAGCUCCUAGUACAACAACCACCACAGCUCCUAGUACAACAACCACUGCAGCUCCUAGUACAACAACAACUGCAGCUCCUUCUACGACAACAACUGCAGCUCCUAGUACAACAACCACUGCAGCUCCUAGUACAACAACCACUGCAGCUCCUAGUACGACAACAACUGCAGCUCCUACUACGACAACAACUGCAGCUCCUAGUACAACAACAACUGCAACUCCUAGUACAACAACUGCAGCUCCUACUACGACAACAACUGCAGAUCCUAGUACAACAACAACUGCAGCUCCUAGUACGACAACAACUGCAGCUCCUAGUACAACAACAACUGCAGCUCCUACUACGACAACAACUGCAGCUCCUACUACGACAACAACUACAGCUCCUAGUACAUCAACAACUGCAGCUCCUAGUACAACAACCACUGCAGCUCCUAGUACAACAACCGCUGCAGCUCCUAGUACAACAACAACUGUAGCUCCUACUACGACAACAACCGCAGCUCCUAUUACGACAACAACCGCAGUUCCUAGUACAACAACAACUGCAGCCCCUAGUACAACAACCACUGCAGCUCCUAGUACAACAACCACUGCAGCUCCUAGUACAACAACCGCUGCAGCUCCUAGUACAACAACAACUGUAGCUCCUACUACGACAACAACCGCAGCUCCUAUUACGACAACAACCGCAGUUCCUAGUACAACAACAACUGCAGCCCCUAGUACAACAACCACUGCAGCUCCUAGUACAACAACCACUGCAGCUCCUACUACGACAACAACUGCAGCUCCUACUACGACAACAACUGCAGCUCCUAGCACAACAACUGCAGCUCCUAGUACAACAACAACUGUAGCUCCUACUACGACAAUAACUGCAGCUCCUAGUAUAACAACAACUGCAGCUCCUAGUACAACAACCACUGCAGCUCCUACUACGACAACAACCGCAGCUCCUACUACGACAACAACUACAGCUCCUAGUACAACAACAACUGCAGCUCCUAGUACAACAACCACUGCAGCUCCUACUACGACAACAACCGCAGCUCCUACUACGACAACAACUACAGCUCCUAGUACAACAACAACUGCAGCUCCUAGUACAACAACCACUGCAGCUCCUACUACGACAACAACCGCAGCUCCUACUACGACAACAACUACAGCUCCUAGUACAACAACAACUGCAGCUCCUAGUACAACAACCACUGCAGCUCCUAGUACAACAACCGCUGCAGCUCCUAGUACAACAACAACUGUAGCUCCUACUACGACAACAACCGCAGCUCCUAUUACGACAACAACCGCAGUUCCUAGUACAACAACAACUGCAGCCCCUAGUACAACAACCACUGCAGCUCCUAGUACAACAACAACUGUAGCUCCUACUACGACAACAACCGCAGCUCCUAUUACGACAACAACCGCAGUUCCUAGUACAACAACAACUGCAGCUCCUAGUACAACAACAACUGCAGCUCCUAGUACAACAACCACUGCAGCUCCUAGUACAACAACAACUGCAGCUCCUACUACGACAACAACCGCAGCUCCUACUACGACAACAACCGCAGUUCCUAGUACAACAACAACUGCAGCUCCUAGUACAACAACAACUGCAGCUCCUAGUACAACAACCACUGCAGCUCCUACUACGACAACAACCGCAGCUCCUACUACGACAACAACUGUAGCUCCUAGUACAACUACUACAGCUCCUAGUACAACAACCACUGCAGCUCCUAGUACAACAACCACUGCAGCUCCUACUAUGACAACAACUGCAGCUCCUACUACGACAACAACUGCAGCUCCUAGUACAACAAUAACUGCAGCUCCUACUACGACAACAACCGCAGCUCCUACUACGACAACAACUGCAGCUCCUAGUACAACAACUGCAGCUCCUAGUACAACAACAACUGUAGCUCCUACUACGACAAUAACUGCAGCUCCUAGUAUAACAACAACUGCAGCUCCUAGUACAACAAUAACUGCAGCUCCUACUACGACAACAACCGCAGCUCCUACUACAACAACAACUGUAGCUCCUAGUACAACUACUACAGCUCCUAGUACAACAACCACUGCAGCUCCUAGUACAACAACCACUGCAGCUCCUACUACAACAACUGCAGCUCCUACUACGACAACAACUGCAGCUCCUAGUACAACAACUGCAGCUCCUAGUACAACAAUAACUGCAGCUCCUAGUAUAACAACAACUGCAGCUCCUAGUACAACAACCACUGCAGCUCCUAGUACAACAACCACUGCAGCUCCUACUACGACAACAACCGCAGCUCCUACUACGACAACAACUGCAGCUCCUAGUACAACAACUGCAGCUCCUAGUACAACAACAACUGUAGCUCCUACUACGACAAUGACUGUAGCUCCUAGUACAACUACUACAGCUCCUAGUACAACAACCACUGCAGCUCCUAGUACAACAACCACUGCAGCUUCUACUACGACAACAACUGCAGCUCCUACUACGACAACAACUGCAGCUCCUAGUACAACAAUAACUGCAGCUCCUACUACGACAACAACCGCAGCUCCUACUACGACAACAACUGUAGCUCCUAGUACAACUACUACAGCUCCUAGUACGACAACAACUGCAGCUCCUAGUACAACAAUAACUGCAGCUCCUACUACGACAACAACCGCAGCUCCUACUACGACAACAACUGUAGCUCCUAGUACAACUACUACAGCUCCUAGUACAACAAUAACUGCAGCUCCUAGUAUAACAACAACUGCAGCUCCUAGUACAACAACCACUGCAGCUCCUACUACGACAACAACCGCAGCUCCUACUACGACAACAACUGUAGCUCCUAGUACAACUACUACAGCUCCUAGUACAACAACCACUGCAGCUCCUAGUACAACAACCACUGCAGCUCCUACUACGACAACAACUGCAGCUCCUACUACGACAACAACCGCAGCUCCUACUACGACAACAACUGUAGCUCCUAGUACAACUACUACAGCUCCUAGUACAACAACCACUGCAGCUCCUAGUACAACAACCACUGCAGCUCCUACUACGACAACAACUGCAGCUCCUACUACGACAACAACUGCAGCUCCUAGUACAACAAUAACUGCAGCUCCUACUACGACAACAACCGCAGCUCCUACUACGACAACAACUGUAGCUCCUAGUACAACUACUACAUCUCCUAGUACGACAACAACUGCAGCUCCUAGUACAACAAUAACUGCAGCUCCUACUACGACAACAACCGCAGCUCCUACUACGACAACAACUGUAGCUCCUAGUACAACUACUACAUCUCCUAGUACGACAACAACUGCAGCUCCUAGUACAACAACCACUGCAGCUCCUAGUACAACAACCACUGCAGCUCCUACUACGACAACAACUGCAGCUCCUACUACGACAACAACUGCAGCUCCUAGUACAACAACUGCAGCUCCUAGUACAACAAUAACUGCAGCUCCUAGUAUAACAACAACUGCAGCUCCUAGUACAACAACCACUGCAGCUCCUACUACGACAACAACCUCAGCUCCUACUACGACAACAACUGUAGCUCCUAGUACAACUAGUACAGCUCCUAAUACAACAACUACAGCUCCUAAUACAACAACUACAGCUCCUAAUAAAACAACUACAGCUCCUAAUACAACAACAAUAACUUUAGCUAAUUUCACAACCACUACUAAGCUACCAAAAACUACACAAAUGAGCACUACAACUACAUCUGCCGGACAGUCAACCACGAAUAGUGGGCUUAGUUAUAGGUUUGUACUGAGGGUGACAUUUUCCAUGACGACAGUCCAAACCGAAUCUGAGAUCUUGAAUCAGCUUCGUGAGUAUCUGAUCAGACAAGGGCUGCCAUUGGACUCUACACUGCGAUUGACAUUCAUUCAGAGCAGGUUGACGGGGUGAAGAGGAGGACACCGGAGAGAAAACACAGACAGAACAGAAUAUAAAACUGAUCACUGAGAUAUUUUACACACAUAAAUUACAAUGGAUUAUUUUACAGAUUACACUCUUACACCAUGACCUACGGUAACUGGACCUAAUGUACUAGUAACUAAAUACCUACCGUACCUUCAGAAAGUUCCCUUGACUUUUCCCUCAUUUUGUUGUGUUACAAAGUGAGAAGAAAAAAUCUAACAUUUGUAGAAAAUAUAUACAUGAUCAAUGAAACACUAAUAUAUCUUGAUUAGAUAAGUUUUCAUCCUCCUGAGUUAACAUGAGUUACAGUUUUUCUCAGUCGCUUUGCUGCAUUUCUUAGAUCAAAAGUGCAAUUCUUGAUACGACUUGUACAAAUUCCAAAUCAUCUAGUCACUUCACAUCAUUAAAGCAUUUUCUUAUUCCUUUUGAACAAAUUUCAA